UAUUACCUGAUACCUUGUGCACGAGAUCGAUUGACCUUUUGCACAACAAUAAACGGUUGCAUGGAUGUGAUGACAGUUCCAUGAUACAAAUCGAUGCAAGUCGCUUGCGAAGUGCGUUGAAUUUGUACAAGGAAUUCAGUUAUGGAAGAGAAUAAAGAAACUGAAAGUAUCCAGCCGCACGAUGAAAAUACUUUAAAAUCAGAGGUUCAAAAUGAGGUCCUCGAAAGUAAAAAAUCUGAUAUGAACUUCGACUUUCUUAAUCCACCCGGAGGUGAAGAACCACUGGCUCAACCUGUUUAUCAAAUUCGACCACAGCUUUUUGAGAAAUUUCGACCUUUGAGUGCAAAAGAAGUUAUACACACUGUUUUGUUUGAUUACUUAUCUACCAAAGUUUAUAACGUAGAAGAGGCUGAACAAUGGAUGAAAGAAAUUGCAGAUUUGAUAAAAGAAAAAAUUAAAGAAUUAAAGUUUGGUCGAUACAAAUACAUUGUAAACGUAGUUCUUGGUGAACAACACGGUGCUGGUCUAAAAAUGGGUACAAGAUGUAUCUGGGAUGCCGAGGCGGACAGUUAUGCUUAUGACAAUUUUGUCAAUGACACUAUUUUCUGCGUGGCUACAGUAUACGCUGUAUAUUUUUACUGAAACACUCGACAAGGUCUGGUUUCCAGAAUAUGCAAUUAUCAAGAAUACUAUUACUGGUAUAUUAGAAACAGCAGUCAAUUUAUUAGCACGUAACAUAUCAUUACCAUACAAGAAAACACAUGCGCUAAAUACAUGUUGUCCAAUGGCACAAGAUAUUUUUACAAUCUGUUAAAGUUAAAAUCCACGUAUGUAUAUUCUGUAAAAUAUAUAUAUAUAUAUAUAUAUAUAUAUAUAUAUAUUUAUUUAUUAAGGAUACAGCACAUUGCUCUUAAAUUCACUAGAGAGACUAUCAUUAUUAUAGCACCAUAAUUCACGGUAUCGCACGACUGUUAAAAGAAUUUGACACUCGCUGCUCUUUUAGGGCAACUAAUGCCGCAAUUUGUUUGUUUACUCGAGUUAUCUGCACUCGCUAGCGAUUAAUUAGUAAAAAAAGAUAGACAGUUAAUAAUAUAAAAAUUUAUCAGA